AUGAAGCCGGCGGUGCUGGAAGUAAUGAGGAUGAACCGGGUGUGCAGGAUGGUCCUGGUCACUUCCGUGGGCUCCUUCAUCCUCGUCAUCUUCUAUUUCCAAAGUAUGUUGCACCCAGUAAUGCGUAGAAAUCCAUUUGGGAUGGACAUUUGCUGCCGCAAAGGAUCCAGAAGCCCACUCCAGGAACUGUAUAAUCCCACCCAGUUGUCCAACACAGCAAUUCUUCAUCAGAUUAGACGAGACCAAGUGACAGACACGUGCCGAGCAAACAGCGUGUCCAGCAGGAAGCGCCGCGUGCUAACGCCCAAUGAUCUCAAACACCUGGUUGUGGAUGAAGAUCACGAGAUGAUCUAUUGCUAUGUUCCCAAAGUGGCCUGCACAAACUGGAAGAGAGUCAUGAUGGUUUUGACAGGGAGAGGCAAAUACAGUGAUCCAAUGGAAAUCCCAGCCAACGAAGCCCACGUGUCUUCGAACUUGAAGACCCUCAACCAGUACAGCAUCCCAGAGAUCAACCACCGCUUGAAAAACUACAUGAAGUUCCUCUUUGUUCGCGAGCCUUUCGAGAGACUGGUGUCAGCCUACAGGAACAAGUUCACCCAGAAGUACAACACUUCCUUCCACAAGCGCUACGGCACCAAAAUCGUCAGGCGCCAGAGGAAAAACGCCACCCAGGAAGCGCUGCGUAAAGGCGACGACGUCAAGUUUGAGGAGUUUGUGGCCUAUCUCAUCGACCCCCACACCCAAAGAGAAGAGCCAUUCAACGAGCACUGGCAGACUGUGUACUCCCUCUGCCACCCUUGCCACAUCCACUACGACCUCGUAGGGAAAUACGAAACGCUCGAAGAGGAUUCCAAUUACAUUCUCCAGCUAGCGGGAGUCGGCAACUACCUGAAGUUCCCCACCUAUGCAAAGUCUACGAGAACUACUGAUGAAAUGACCACAGAGUUCUUCCAGAACAUCAGCUCCGAGCACCAAACGCAGCUGUAUGAAGUCUACAAACUUGAUUUUUUAAUGUUCAAUUACUCAGUGCCAAGCUACCUGAAAUUGGAAUGAGGGAUGGGUCGGGGGGAGCGAGGGGAGAGAAAGCCUGUUUUAUUUAAGAUUUUUAUUUGUCAUAAUAAAU